AUGUCUGUCCUCCGCAACAUCAAGAACCUCGCUCCCCUCCUGGACCGUGUCCUCGUCCAGCGCAUCAAGCCCGAGCCCAAGACUGCCUCCGGUAUCUUCCUCCCCGAGAGCAGCGUCAAGGAGCAGAACGAGGCCAAGGUCCUUGCCGUUGGCCCCGGUGCCGUUGACCGCAACGGCCAGAGACUCCCCAUGAGCGUUGCCGCUGGUGACAAGGUUCUCAUUCCUCAGUUCGGUGGUAGCCCCGUCAAGGUCGGCGAAGAGGAGUACCACCUCUUCCGGGAUUCUGAGAUCCUCGCCAAGAUCAACGAAUAA